AAGAAAAGAAAAUUCCACUCAAAAGCUUUUAUGUAUAAAGGAUAAACACAUGCAAGUAGAUGCAUAAUAUCAAAUUAUCAUAAUUAGUAAUCACUGCUCACAAACCACGCUCCCUCCGCCGCCGCCGUCUUCCGCCGCAAGCAAAUCAGCAACAAUGGACGAGUCUUGGCGAAUGAGGAUAGGAAUGCCCACACCUCCGUCGCCGCCGCCCAUACUCCAGCGGCCGAGCCACCAUCUCCGGCAACCCGCCUCCGACGACCACUUAAACCCGGAAGACUUCAGCGACGUCUUCGGCGGGCCACCUCGAACGAUUCUCUCCCGCCAGUUCUCCUCCGGCUUCCCGCGAUCGUCGUCGUCGUCCUCCUCCACGAGCUACUUCUACGAGGAGAUUUUCCGGCCGCCGGAGAAGGCGCCGCCGCCGCCGGGGAGGAGGAGCGGGCGGAGCUUGCCGGAGUUCAGGAUCCCGGGCCAUCAGAAACGAGAGAAAACCGGUUUUUACAGCGAUAUUUUUGGGAGGGAUGAUGAGAGGGUCGUGAGGUCGAGAUCAAGAUCAAAAACGAGCUCUUCGUCGGUGCUCAGCUCGGAGGAGCUCAGCCCUCUCCGGCCGGCCUUCUCCUUCGACGGCGGCGGCGGCGACGACGUCUCGUCUUUCGCUCCGAAACUCAGGCCAAUUAAUGUGAGGACUACGUGGAAUUCGACAAGAAUGGGGCAUGAAGAUCAGCUAAGGCAGCAAAACAUGAUGCCGCCAUUUUCAAGCAUUCCUCACUCUCACAAUGGCCCAGACAAUCUGAGGAGCUUCCCCUUCGGAUUAAGUCGAAGGAACGCCUCUCCGGAGACGAUCAGCCUUGAGCCGGUUUCAAACGGCAGCUUCAGAGUGUCUGCAGAUGACAUGGAGCUCAACAACUCACCAUCAUCUGCAGUUUCCUCGGUUUGCCACCGUGAGGCCGAGGAGGAUGAAGCCAUGAGCUCCUAUGUGAUUGAGAUCAACUCCGAGAACAGGGAAGGGACUUGUGAAUCCAACGGUGUGGAUGAGGCCAUAGCCUGGGCCAAGGAGAAGUCUCAAACACAUUAUUCCGAGUGUGAGGCAGAGAAAACUACACAAGAUCUGUUGAAUGGACAUCAGGUUUCUGAGGGACAUACAGACAGUUUUGGAUCAUUGGAUAAUCAGCAGGUCAAGUGGGAAAUAGUAGAAGACGAACAACAACUUGAAUGCACGUCAACUACUAUCUUCAAACCAAAGCAGGUGCAAACAGAAAUUGAGGUUCUGGAUGAGAAGAUCAGGUUAUGGUCAACUGGCAAGGAAGCUGACAUUCGACUGCUGCUAUCUUCCUUGCAUCAUAUCUUAUGGCCUAAUAGUGGUUGGCUACCGGUGCCCUUGGCAAAUAUAAUCGAAUCCUCUCAAGUGAAGAAAUCGUAUCAGAAGGCCCGGCUGUGCCUGCACCCGGACAAGCUCCAACAAAGAGGUGCGACGCCCCAACAGAAGUACAUUGCAGAUAAAGCCUUUUCGAUACUUCAGGAUGCUUGGGCUGCAUUCAUCUCUCUAGAUGUGUUCUAAACAAAGGAAAACAAGUGUUAAUUUUUCGACGGGACAUCGAUGAAUACAGGAGGAAUAUGAGACUGAGUAGAUAUGUGAAGAGUGUGUUGUGAUUCAGUGUGUUGUUUUUGGUAAAUGCAAGAAAGUAGUUUUGAGUUGUUUAUAAUAGUAGCAAAUUCACUUUAUAUUCUUCUGAAAAUAUGAUUUUUAGUUCUGUGCACAA